CUAAGCACGCUUUCGACCUUCCCAUUCGCCCCUCCAUGAUCACGCUACGCCCCACAGUGCAUAGUUUGAAGAACGACUCCGGAAGGCAGAGAUAAAUCUUCAUUGGCACAUUUCCUCGCCUUCGACGAGUGUACAGGCUCACUGUUCCUCUGUCACGUGAGAAUUGCAGAACACGAGGGUGGAACAGCACCGCCCCAGAACCGCCGAAAGAUAUAGGCAACAGGCAGAGCACAUUUUGCAUAUUCUUCGUUGGCACCUUUUGCGGCCACUUUCUCCCAUCACUCUUCGCCCAUAUCAGUAUCUGCUGCUAUUUCAGCUCUAUUGCAAUCAAACGGCGUUUACGAUGAGCGUUAGUUUACGAUGGCGCAGAUUCUGGCAGUCCGACAAGGCGAAUGCAGCGGAAGAUCUUGAACAAUGGAUGCAGAGGAUCACGCAGGAUGAAAUUCGACUUCUCUUUCUCAAGUGUUUCAUAGAAGGCAACAACCUUUGGUCCCCCGUAGUCAGAUCUGUCGAGCUGCAGUACUUCCAGACUGCUGUUUCACGUCUAGAAGUCACCCCCGAUGGCCAGAUACAGAUGUCGUCAAUUAUAUGUCAUCUUGAGCAGAUGCAUAAACCUAAAUCGAGUGUCAUACGAUCUGCAGCUUCUUUGAUCGAGGCGUUGAUUACUGCCCACGCACAUUUCCCAUUUUCGGCUCCCGUCAAGCUCACAGAAGAAUCCUUUUGUCGCUCUAUCCUUCUACUGACCAACCGGGCUCAAGAUCUGUUCGAACAAUCGGAGAGUGGAACCAUCGGGGGUAUAGAAUCGGACUAUAUCUGCAAACGACCCGGCGAAAGACGGCUUAUGUUCAUUCACUCCGCCUUGCUGAUAGAGCCUGCCGGUAAAUCAACGCCAGAUGCAGGCAUAACAACGCAAGACGAUGUCCUCGAUGUGCUAUGUAGAGUGGAGUAUCCUGCCAUUGUUCGUGGCAAGGAUCGAGUUCAGCGCCGUCCAGUGUCCGAAUUUGUACCCCUAGCCGAACGUCUGGAGCCUGCAACAGAGUGCAAGCGAGAGCACGAGGUGCCUAAGUCGCAGGUAGCGCUUCUCCGGGAUCUCAUUACUAUAAUUCAGCCUCGGUGGACUAAGCAUCCGGUUGAACUAGGUUAUGUGGAGCAUGACAGUCUCACUUCUGAAGAAUUCGUAUUAUGGGCGACGAAGGUCCAAUUGCUUGAUACGCUUGAUCAGCUUUUUAGUGUAUUUCUUCGUCCGCCAUAUGCACAAGGAAAAGCGGUGAUUGAUCACUAGCAUUCGAUUCCCAUCCGCCGCGGAAGCGUAUCCGUGCAGUAUCAACAAUUCCGGGCCACAUUUUAUUUUUCUUUAGAGCUAGACUGGUGCAGCGUCAAAGUCAAUCAUGAUAUGGUUAAUGAUGGCUGUUCUCUCGGUGCUGGUUCCAAGUUGCCUGUCUGUGUUCAGCCCUGGAGGAAAAUGCGGAUUACACAUCAAUACAGCGACCCAAACUGCUGAAAUGCUUUGAAUUCUUAGGUAAUUGUCCGUGUAGGACUCUAUAGCGACGACGCCAUCGGGGCCAGGACACUCUGCUUCCAAAGCAUAGGACUUGUCUCAGCAUCUCCCACUCUCUUCUUUCACAACCUGGAAUUGAUCUGGCUCUCCUAUUCACAAACCUUUUACCUGUCAACUUUAUUUGCUCACGUAUUUUCAACGUGCUGCCCGGGCGAGCGAU